AUGGCCUUUGCAGCCUCCCUCACUGACCUCCAAGCAGAGGCCAGCUGCCCCCUCUGCCUGGAUUUCCUGAGAGACCCAGUGACCAUUGACUGUGGCCACAACUUCUGUUGCUCCUGCAUCACCCAGUGCUGGGAAGAUCUCCAGGACCUCCUCCCCUGUCCCGUCUGCCUCCACCACUGCCUUGACAGGGACCUCAAGAGGAACACCCAAUUAUCUCACAUGACUGAACUUGUGAGGCAACUACCCACCAGGAGUGGCAAGAGGAAACGGCAGGAAAAGAAACCCCUGUGUGAGAAGCACAAUCGGGUUGUGACCCUGUUCUGUGAGAAGGACCUGGAGCUGCUGUGUGCACAGUGCCGGGUCUCCUCUGACCAUUGGGAUCACCGCCUGAUGUCCAUAGAGCAGGCUGCAGCUACCCACAGGAAGAAGCUCAAAAGCUCCAUGGAGCCCCUGAAGAAGGAAGUUGAGGAUGCUGAAAAAGGUUUGGAAACACAAAUCUCAGAAUCAUUUAAAUUGAAGAUGAAGGUCGAAAAGCAGAGGCUCGAAUUUUACUCUGAAUUUGAACAACUAAUGAAGUUACUGGGAAAGGAGCAGGAUGCCAUUCUUCUGGGAUUAAUGAUGGAAGAGGAGGAUCUCCAAGAGAAACUCACUGAAAAUAAUAUGCAAAUUUCAGAGCAUAUUUCCACACUAAAAAAUAUGCUCGAUGAAAUAACAGAAAAGUGUGUGCAGUCUAAAGUGCAGUUACUGACAGAUAUUGACAGUAUCUACAGAAGCUAUGAAAACUUAAAAACCCCAGCUGUGUUUUCCUAUGAAUUAAAGAAAGAGAGUUGCUCUCUUCCUCCACAAUAUUUUGGCCUGCAGAAAAUGAUCAACAGGUUUAAGGUAGAUUUGACAUUUGAUCCUGAAACUGCACAUCCUAGUCUUAUCAUGUCAGACAACAGAAAAAGUGUGACCUAUGGAAAGGAGGAACCAAACUUUCCAUACAAUCCAAAGAGAUUCACUCUCCACCCAGCUGUACUAAGUUCUGAAGGAUUUGACAGUGCCAGGCACUUCUGGCAGGUAGAAGUAAGAGGCACAGGUGAAUGGUCCUUAGGGGUGUGUAAAGACUCUCUCCCUAGAAAUGCUAUUCCAUCAGGAAUGCCAAAGGAUGGAUGUUGGCAAAUCCAACAGUGGACAAAUACUUCUCCUUCCCUGGAUACAACAAAACUCAUACGGAUUGGCAUUUUUCUGGAUUAUGAGUUGGGAGAAGUUUCAUUUUAUAAUAUGCAUAAGCGAUCCCAUAUUUACACCUUCACUGAUACUUUUACAGAAAAACUUAGACCUUAUUUUUCUACUGGACCAACUGCAAACUCUCUGACCAUCAGCAUAAUCACAGAUGAACAGUAA